GACGCCGGGCGACCUUUUGGGCAGCCUGCCCAUCCGGAGGCGCAUCGGCGUCACGGGGGCCCGAGACAUGGGGGAGCAGGCGGGGCUGCUGGCGCUCGGGGGGGGCGCGGCCACGGCCUCCGGGAGCCGUUCCAGCGGAGCCGCAGCGCCGACCGUGGAGCCAGCCGAGCAGGAGGAGACGAGGAAGGGGGAGGGGAAGGGCGAGCCCGCGCCCGCCAAGCCCGGCUACGACCCAGGGGCCAAGCGCCCUUGCCCAGGGGACGGCGCGGGCGGUGCUGCAGACAAGCGCCAGCGCCCCCUGCCACAGCAGCCCAGCGAUCCCGACCACGAGAAGGGGACCGCGGCGCUGUUCAAGGGGUGCAAGGAGAACUGCAAGGCGGGCCGGUACAUGAGCCCCGACGCAAUGGAUGGCAACAACGCCUUGUUCAAAGUCCGGAUGUUUACUUCCUGGUUGGCCGAUAGGCAGGGGGGGGCUGCUGGCGCGGCCGCGUAUUUGCCACACGAGAAGGAGUUCUUCAAGUUCGUCGUCCAGUGGCUGCUGGAGGGCGACACCUGGGCGUGCAUGCCGGC